CGCUGAUAGACUGCUCGGUGUUGCCGGAUAUUCGCUGUAGUUAAUUCAGUCGGUCAUGUCGUUCCUCUCUAUAGAAACAUCCUGAACCAUUAAACUAAAGCUCAUAGUUUAAUAUUUCAUGUUCUACGUUGAUGUUAGUUUUAGGUUAGUUUUAUCAAAUGCAGUAAUAAAAACACAGCGAGCCUCAGAAGAGCAGAAGUCUGGAGAAAACCUGUAUCACUCAAUAAGAAUAUCCUGAAUAAUGUGGGACGUGGAGAUCAGGGGGAUGGCUUCGGCCCACGCCAUCAUCGCCGCCUCCAUCUUUAUGGCCACAGUGAUGCCGGCCGUUCUGGUGGAGAAGUUCUCCGUGUACGGGACGCACCUAAUCUGGCUGUAUUCUGUUGCUGGCUCUGUUGCUGUGGUCAACAUCGCAGUGUUUUGGCUUCUGGGCAUCAGUCCACCAACAAAGAAGAACACACUGAGUUAUAAGUUGUCUAAGCUGAUCAGAUCCUGUGUGUAUUUGCUGCUGUCGUGUCUCUUCUUCCACACGGUGAUUGUUCUGUACGGAGCGCCGCUGCUGGAGUCAGCGCUGGAGACGUUUUCACUGGCUGUGCUGCUCUCUACUUUCACCACACUGAGGUGUCUGUGUGUCCUCGGGCCGAACGUGCAGGCGUGGAUACGAGUGUUCAGUAGGGAUGGAGCGAUGUCGGUGUGGGACACAUCCCUCCAAAUCACGACCGGCUGCAGCAUAGUUGGAGCGUGGCUUGGAGCUUUUCCCAUUCCCCUCGACUGGGAUAGACCCUGGCAGGUGUGGCCCGUUUCCUGUUCCCUGGGGGCGACUGUAGGUUUUCUGACUGGGCUCUUGGCAGCGCCGCUUUGGAUUCGCUGGCAUCGCAAGCAGCUCACCUACAAGCUCAAGUGAAGACCAGGAACUUGAGGAGGAAGAGGAACAGGAAGUUGUGGGCAAAGGCCAAGUCGUCGAUGGAUAUCGACAAUGGAUAUCGGACUGUGAUAAAAAAAAAAAAAGCAGGUUUACCAGGUUCCACAUGCUUGUCCUAAGAAAUCCCAGAUACAGUAUUUCUUCCAAGGUCAUUGAACACUGCGGGGGACAUAAAUAUCUGUAAAUGUCUCUCUAAAUGUCUCUCUAAAUAUCUCACAGUUUCCUUCAGAUAUUAACUUAUUUGUUCCUAGUUUAAGCCUUUUUUUAUAUAUUUUCAGUGGUGAGAUCCACCCAUUAGAUCAUUCCUCCUAUCCUAUCUUUAAAUUCCUGUAAAUGAGGGCCUUCAGAAGAAGAAUUUUGCGAAAGGCAAGCGCAUUUUGCAACCUCAUGUUGCAAGAUAACGGUUUCCCUUUUUUCGGAGACAAAUAAAGUCCUACUUCUGUAAAAGUCUUGGUUGUGCUCGUUAGACUGUCUGGGCUGUUUUGUUUUCUCGUUUUCUCUUUUUCUCUCCAAACCAAACAUGCAAACAGAAGCAGACGAGAAAAACAGUGGAUCUGCUGAAUUACAGUCAUUUCAGUUCAUAAUCAGCAGUGUUUCAGUGUGCCAUUCGUUGUUGUCUCUCCCUGGAAGGUUGUUCUCCUCUGUGCUUUUUUUUUGUUUGUUUGUGAUUUAGUGUUGUUGUUUUUUUUCCUUUUUCUUGUCAUUUUUUAAGUAUCUCUCACAGCUGAAAAUCUUUCUGUCGCUUGUUCUUGCUCACUCCCUCCAUCCCUCUAUUCAUCUUCAGCUUCUGAGCAUUAAAAACGUCUCGUAUCCAA